AUGGAACGACCCGGCCUGAGGAGACUGUUUUCCGCCUGCGAUGUCAACAAAUCCGGUGCCAUCGAGUACGACGACUUCACGGCUGUGUGUCGAGAGCUGAACGUCCCCGAAACUGAGAUCCAAAGUCUCUUCGACAAGUUCGACCCCAGUAAAGAUGGAUACAUCGACUACAGCAAGUUUUCCUCCAGGUUUCAGGAGGUUUCAGAGACUCUGGAUCUGGCGUCUUUAGGUGCGGGGUCGGCCCACGUUCAGGGCUUUCCGUGGGAAGAGUUGGUGGGCAGAGUAGACGCGACAUCUCUCCUGUCUGGAAGUCUGAGGGAGCAGCUGGAGGACCUGUACCAGUCCAUUCAGUCCUCUGCAAACAUGACUCUGCUGCAGCAGUACGAGGACCUGGUCCGCUCUCUGAUCAGUCAGAGCGUGGACAGCAGACUGGAGUGUGAGCAGCUGGAGACCAGUCUGAGACGAGCUGAGGAGAUGAACAACAGUCAGCUGGCAGAACUGGAGGAUGAUAUACAGCAACAACUUACCAGAACAGAAGACAGGGUGAGAGAUGAGGAGCGAAAGAAAAUGGAGGGAAUCGUGGCGGCCAUGCAGACCAAGCACAAGAACGAGGUAGCAGACCUGCACGCGGCGCUGGACAGGUUAUUAAAGAGCCAAGAGGAGUCUGAAGUUAACAGUUCCAAAGAGGAGGUUUCCAAACUGAACGAACAAAUCAGCGAUCUGUCACAGGAAAAUGAGCAUCUGCGGGCCUCUUUGGUACAAGCACAAACAAACAUCGCCAUCCUGCACUCUGAGCUGGAUAAACUGAAGAACAUGUAUGCAGAUCAGAAGACUCAACACCAAAGAGAAACAGACGAUUUGAGGAGGAUGGUUAUGGAAUACCAGUCGUACUCCGAUCAGAUUCAGAUCCUUCAGGAAAUGAACAAAAAGCUGUAUGACAGUAAUGACGGGCUGCGCACUGCGUUGGCGGGUGAAGUGGUUGCAGCUAAAAGGCGGCUGUCUCCCCAAAAUGAGAUCCCAGCCAGGAGGAUGAAACCCCUUCGACAGAGCACACUCAACCACAGCAGCUCAGAGCAGGAUCCCAGUAAGAUGAACUACUCUCACGUCGCCACAUGGGCUGAUAAGUACCUGGACAGCGGCGUCUCUCUGCCCAUGGACACAGCCGACAACUCAGGCAGCGAUUACGACAGCGACGACAGUAGGAACUCAGUGGAAACUGUGCACUGCAGUUACUCCGAUGUCGAGGUGUCAGACAUCAAAUCUGAAGCUGUGGUAUCAAGGGCUCCGAGCAGAGCGAGUUCCAUCAGAUCAUCUAUACGCAGGCGUUUGUCAGCUUUUUCCUCAAAGCCAACAGACGCUGUCAUAGAAGAAAAUGAGGAACCUGCUCCGAUGUACCGUCUGGUUUUAGCAGGAGACGCAGGAGCUGGAAAGUCCAGCUUCCUGCUGAGGCUGACACUCAACGAGUUCCGAGGAGAUAUUCAGACAACGCUGGGGGUUGAUUUCCAAAUAAAGAGGAUGCUGGUGGACGGGGAGAAGACGAGCCUCCAGAUCUGGGACACAGCUGGGCAGGAAAGGUUUCGCAGCAUUGCCAGGUCUUAUUUCCGUAAAGCUCACGGAGUCCUGCUUCUGUAUGACGUGACCUCAGAAAGCAGUUUCCUAAAUGUCAGAGCAUGGGUGGAUCAGAUUCAGGAAUCAAGCGAUGAAAAAAUCCCCAUGUGUGUUAUUGGAAACAAGGUGGACCUCCGAGAUGAGCUUCCAGAGGGAAGCUGUGUGAGCAGUUCACACGGGGAGAAGUUGGCCAAGGCAUACAGCGCCUUGUUCUGUGAAACCAGCGCCAAAGAGGGAACCAAUGUUGUUGAGGCUGUGCUUCAUCUAGCGAGAGAAGUAAAGAAAAAUGUCACACUGAGGCGCCAGUCAAAUUCUCAGGUCAGACUGAAUCAAACCAACCGGAUGAAGACUCUGAACGGCUGCUGUGGACUCUGAGGUCACUGGGAUCAAUAGGAUCGAUGAAUACAGUGGAGUGAUGCAGGACACCAAGUGGCUUUUCUUUCAGUAGCAAACGGCAUGAUUUUUCUUGCCAGAACAUUUUCUUACAUGUUUUAACAUAAAAUAUUUAACAUGUCAAGCUUCAAUAUAUUUUCAUAAAUGUAAAAUCUGAUCAAGGUUGAAAUUUUGCACAUGUACAAAUAUCUAAUGUAUGUAAUGCUUUUUUCUGUAAUUAUCCUAGAGCUGUUUUUAUUUAUUUGAUAGUAAAUGUAACUUUAUGGAGUUUAUAAGGCCAUAAUUUAGAUUCUGGCCAAAUAUUUUAAUGGAAAAGAAAAUAAGGGAUGCUGUUUUUGUUUUUGUUUUGUCUUUAAUAUAGACCAGGCUUUUAAAAACCAAACAGGAAAAAACGUUUUUUAUAACAGUUAAUAUUCAAGCCUCAGUAGAAGCAACUUCAGCACUGUCACUGUUUGAGCACUGAUCAAAUAUUUCACAGAAUAGUAUUGUUCAUUUACAGAAAUUGCUUUUUGGAUUUUGGUUUUAAUCUUUCAGAAAGUUCCAGGUCCAUAUCAUCUUUUAUUUGGAGUGUCUGUGAUAACAGAACAUUUUCCAAACCCUUUUUUUUUUUUUUUUUUUAAAGGAAUGUAAUCUCUUUUCCAAA